CGUUGUACCCUUAUUUUCAGCUUUUCAGCCGUGGAACAGCCAUAGGCUUGGAAUUUUACAGGAACCAGGGGCUCCCAGGACUGGAAAACAGCGAAGGCACCGAAGUUUUCACUAAGGAGCUGAACGACUUGUUUGACGUUCUCAAUGCAAAGCUGCCGAAAGAAGGAAUCAGGCCUGGGUCAUCGAAACAAAAGAUCAUUGAUGCCUUCUUGGUUACCCUGGACCAAACAGAAGAAAGAUUCUUCAGAACACGAGAAACCAUGUUUGCCUCAGCACAGACAAUUCAGUCACUCCGUGUAUCACUGAUGUCGAUGCAAGACAUCCUUUCAAGCCUUUUCAGCGAAGGUGUCAGCUACGUGCUAACCAGCAAGUUGAAUCAAGACCCACUGGAGAGGUUCUUCGGCAACAUCCGUUCAUUUGGAGGACAUGAAGAUCACCCCACCAUAGUGAACUUCUCCUACAUCUUUCGGCUCUUGACCAUCUAUGCCCCAAUGAAAGCAGCAAUCAAAGGCAAUGUAGAAGCCCAGGAGGAUAUCCUGCCAGUUCUUUCAGGUGUGCUCGAGGCUGGUGUCAAAGACAAUGAGUGCCACAAAGAAAAGCUCCACGCACGCUUAGAGAAAAAGCUUGAAGAGCUCUGCUUUGAUCUGCAAGACACGAGCACAAUGGCUGCGCUUCCCAGCACAAGCAAGGACCACCCAUACAGCAAGGCAACUGCAGAAGACUGUGUAGUAUAUUAUCUUGCUGGCUACAUUGUGCACAAAAUCUCAAAGAAAAAAGGCUGUUUAAACUGCUUAGCUGACAUUCAAACUGACGCUCCACAUAUGCCGGCAGCAUGGGUAACAUUUGCUAGGUCAUUUAAAGAAAUGAGCCUGAAGCACCCCACAGAGAAGAUGUUCCUGUCACUGAGAAGCAUAGAAAGCACUGUCUCAAGCGCACUUAACCGCUUUCAACUGUGCAGUGACAUUUUUUGGGAACUUCUCGAUGCUCUAGAGUUAACAAAGUUUCCAAAACUCGGGUGUGCAGAACACAAGGACAACUUUACAGCAACCGUGCUUAGGACAUACACAAUGCUACGAAUGCAUUUUUUUGCUAGAGACAUGUCAAAGAAGCUGAGCAAGUCAGUAGAGACUGCGCAUGCACGCAAAAGAGCAAAGCUCAUGUAA